ACUUGAGCGGCCGCACGAGGCUACCCAAGGUCUGACAAUGGCCAAGAACAAACUAAGAGGACCUAAGUCCAGGAAUGUAUUUCACAUAGCCAGCCAGAAAAACUUUAGGGCUAAAAACAAAGCAAAACCAGUUAUGACUAAUCUGAAGAAGAUAAACAUUGUGAAUAAUGAAAAAGUUAAUAGAGUGAAUAAAGCUUUUGUAGAUAUACAAAAGGAACUUCUACAUUUCUCAAAAGGCCUUUCUCUUGAACCUCUGCAGAAACAGCUGACUCCUCAGCAGUGUCAUGAAAAUGGACCAGUUAAUGUUGAUGAAGCUACAAGAUUAAUGGCUCAGUUGUAAUACACUGAUGAUGCAUCAAAUUCCCAAAAAAACCCAAACAAAUAAAUUAAAUGUUUUAUACAA